UGUCACAGAUGAAUGGCCAGACUGGUCUGUCAGGCUAUGGUCACUCAGAUGACCACUCAGCACCACCGUGGUGAGUUGAAAAGCAGCUAAGAACGCACAAUACGUCCACCCUUGAGGCUCAUGAGCUACAAGAGCAGAAGUCCACAUCGGGUCCCACUCCUGUGAGGCUACAGUGGGCACAGGGUCACCAAAACUGAACAGAUGAAGACUGCAAAAAAUGUCACCUGGCCCGAUGAAUGAGAAAAGCCAACCUGACUCCAUGCAGCCAACUCACCUUGUGUCAACAGUCCCGGCUGACGCUGGCGCUGUUAUGUGAUUCUGAACAUGGCGGUGUACUUCGAUCACCGCAUUGAAUCUCCAGACUCCGCGGGGUCUCCCAUUCAGAUCGCCUGGCACUCCACUUACCCGGUGCUUGCUGUCUCAUCUGUUAAUCCUGGCAGUGGCGGCAGCGUAGAUCUGUACCUGCAACAGGGUGAGCAUGUUGACCACGGGCAUAUCGAGCGACCUUUUCAGCCUUCGUUACUGCGCUGGCAUCCAAGCAGACAGACUUUGGCAGUGGGCUGGGAAACGGGCGAAGUGCUGCUGCACAGCCUGCCAAACGGUGACGUCUCCACGCUGGCCGGCGUCCACAGAUCUUGUAUCACCGUACUGGAGUGGAGCAGCAAUGGAGGCUACCUGGUUUCUGGGGACAAGAUGGGCGUCUUGGUGGUUUGGAAGGUGGAUUCUCGCGGGCGGAUUCAGGAAGCUCCAGUUGUUAAACACGACUACAAAAUGCAUUUGACACACUGCGUCAUCCGACCUGUGCUGCCUGGAGAGGAUUUGGUGAAGCUGGCUCGUGCGGCCGUGAGCGGUGACGAGAACGCUUUGGACAUGUUCAACUGGAAGAAGACCAGUAAGGGAGGCCAAAACAAGACGGCUUUGCAAGAUGCCCUGACUGUCUUCGUCAGCUCCGAUGAUGGGUCUGUUCAUUCCCUUGACGAGAAAGGCAAGAGCUCUGCAGUAGUGAAGUCUGACAGUCCCAUCCAGAAGCUCCUCUACCUGGAGGGCCGUGAAGUGCUGGUGUUGAUUACACGGACGCUGCUCUUGUCGCAGUACAGUGUCGGACCGGGAGGAGAAACGCAGGAGCUGAUGAAGGUGAAACUGAGUGGGAAAGGCGGGCAGACGUCUGACAUCACCUGGGCAGAGAAAGGCUUACUCAUUAUGGCUUCUGGAGAAAUGGUGAUCAGAUUGUGGGACCUCGAGAGAGAUGAAAACUAUGUGCUGUCUCUUGAUGAAAAUCUGGGCUUUGAAGUAGGGGAGACGUUGAACUGUGUUUCCUAUUGUUCUGCCAAAGGUAUGCUUGCAGCUGGCACCAGCCGUGGACGUAUUGCCAUGUGGCGUAAGGUGGGAUUUUCUAGUCAUGGAAUUCAGAAAUUGGAGGGGAAGGGCCAGUGGGUUCUCCAGACUCCAGUGGAGACCGAAGGAAACAUAAUCCAGCUCAAGUGGGGCUCCAAUGCAAACCUCCUGGCCGUGAACACCGUGAGCACAGUCCUCAUCCUCUGCGAGCACGUCAUGUCUGCCCACUUGAGCCAGCAGGUGGCCGCCGUGCAACUCGCUCCUAACCAGCUGAGCCUGAGCUUCUUCAGCACCGGCACUCGGCACAGCCUGCGCACGGACAUGCAUAUCAAAGGGGUCUGCGUCUCCAAGGACACGGUUGCAGUGUGGAACGGCAAGCAAAUCACAGUGUAUGAGCUGUCAGGACCGACUCUGCGGCAUGCAGGUUCAUUCCCCUGCGACUCCCUGGCUGUUGCUAUGCAUGAGGAAAAUAUUUAUACGGUGGAACCAAGCCGGGUGCAAGUCCGGACCCUACAGGGCACAGUAAAGCAGCUUCUUCCAUUCGCAGAAGUGGAGGGCAACCCACAGCUCCUGAGUGUCUGUGGAAAUUUUCUUGCAGUGGGCACCGACGCGGCGUACAUUAAGGUUUUUGAUUUGUCUCGCAGGGAAGCAAAGCCACACUGCAGCUCAAAGAGCCUGACGGAUCUCAUUCCGGGCCUGGGCUGCAUUACCUCAGUGAAGUGCAAUGCAAGUGGAACCCAAGUCAGCGCUCUUGCCACACGGGCUGACGGAAGUCCUGACUCGCGAGUUUACUUCUAUGACGUGGAGAUGGACACUUUUACUUACUUUGACUUCUUUACGGGACGCCCUCCAAGUGAAAGUUUGCAAGUAGAAGAAUCAGAAAGAGGGCGGCUGCAGGCCAGUGAACUGUGCGGCAGAUUUCCGGUCAGUCAGUUCUGGGAUGAAAGUGAGCAGCGACUCUUUGUGUGCGAGACCCUGCUCACUAUGCCCUCUCUGUCCCAAGCAGAAAAGUGUGACAGCGGUGAGCAGGAGGACGCCUUGGUGGUCUCUUUCUUUAGCACCCAAGAGUAUGGGCUACUUCUGCACGACUCUUACCCACGUCCAGCUGGAAUGGAAGCUCUCCUUGCCCUUAAUGUCCCCUUCUACUAUUUCACUUGUAAGCCUGGAAAAAAGGUGGCUGAAGGAGAAGAUGCGCCAGCUCCCUCGUCAGCACCUGAGAUGGUGUCACGGAGGCCAAUGCGCGAUUUUGUGGGUCUGGAGGAUUGUGACAAAAGCACCCGAGAGGCCAUGCUGAACUUCAGCUUCUACCUGACCAUCGGAGACAUGGAUGAGGCCUUCAAGUCUAUUAAGCUGAUUAAGAGCGAGGCAGUCUGGGAAAGCAUGGCACGCAUGUGUGUGAAGACCAAGAGGCUGGACGUGGCACGGGUGUGCCUGGGGAAUAUGGGGCACGCACGUGGCGCCCGGGCUCUGCGUGAAGCGGAGGUAGAACCAGAAGUGGAUGCCCGGGUGGCAGUGCUGGCCACACAGCUUGGAAUGCUGGAUGACGCAGAGAGGCUGUACAAAAGCUGUCACCGCUACGACCUCCUCAACAAGUUCUACCAGGCGGCGGGGCAGUGGCAGAAAGCCGUAGAGACCGCCGAGAGCCACGACCGCGUCCACUUACGGGCCACCUACUACAGCUACGCCAAGCAUCUGGAGGCGAUGGGAGACCGCAACCUCGCCGUGCUCUAUUACGAGAAGUCAGACACCUAUAGGUUUGAAAUUCCCAGAAUGCUCCUGGAAGACCUGCCGGCGCUCGAGCUCUAUGUCAGCAAGAUGAAAGACAAGAGUCUCUAUAAGUGGUGGGCCCAGUAUCUGGAGAGCCAGUCCAAGAUGGAGGCGGCACUCAAGUACUACGAGUUCGCCCAGGAUUACCUCUCGCUGGUGCGCGUCCACUGCUACCUGAGCAACAUCCCCAAGGCAGCCGAGAUCGCUAAUGAGACUGGAAACCGGGCAGCGUCCUACCACUUGGCCCGCCAGUACGAAAGCCAGAAUGAGAUGAAGCAGUCCAUCCACUUCUACACGCGGGCACAGGCGUACAACAACGCCAUCCGGCUGUGCAAGGAGAACGAACUGGAUGACCAGCUGAUGAAUCUCGCGCUGCUCAGCAAUCCGGAAGACAUGAUGGAGGCCGCCUGCUACUACGAGGACAAAGGGGUCCACAUGGAUCGAGCGGUGAUGCUGUACCACAAGGCUGGUCACUUCUCCAAGGCCCUUGAAUUGGCCUUUGCCACCCAGCAGUUUGCUGCCCUCCAGCUGAUCGCCGAGGACCUCAAUGAGAACUCGGACCCUGCGCUGUUGGCCCGCUGCUCCGACUUCUUCAUCGAGCACGGCCAGUACAUCAAGGCGGUGGAGCUACUGGUGGCAGCAAAGAAGUACCAGGAGGCCCUGCAGCUUUGUGUGGACCACAAUCUGACCAUCACGGAGGACCUGGCCGAGCAGAUGACAGCCUCCCGUGACUCUGGUGACCUGCCGGAGGCCACUCGAAGACAGGUCCUCGAGCAAAUUGCGGACUCCUGCAUGCGGCAGGGCAACUACCACCUGGCAACCAAGAAGUACACCCAGGCUGGGAACAAGCUGAAGGCCAUGCGGGCGCUCCUCAAGUCGGGAGACACGGAGAAGAUCAUGUUUUUUGCCGGAGUGUCUCGUCAGAAGGAGAUUUACAUCAUGGCAGCCAACUACCUGCAGUCCCUGGACUGGCGCAAAGACCCCGACAUCAUGAAGAACAUCAUCAGCUUUUAUACCAAGGGACGGGCGCUCGACCUCUUGGCGGGCUUCUACGACGCUUGUGCUCAGGUGGAGAUUGACGAGUACCAAAACUACGAGAAGGCGCUGGGCGCCCUGACGGAGGCCUACAAAUGUCUGGCCAAAGCGAAGGUCCGCAACGUCCAGGAGCAGGAGAGCAGGCUGGCAGAGCUGCAGCAGAAACUCACGCUGGUCAAGAAGUUCAUCCAGGCUCGCAGGCUCUAUGAAGAAGACCCCAAAGAAGCGGUGCGCCUGUGCGAAGCCCUCCUCGAGGAGCCCGACUUGGACCCUGCUGUGCGCGUCGGCGACGUCUACGGCUUCCUCGUGGAGCACCACUGCCAGCAGGGCAGCUUCCAGGUGGCCCUCCGCACUCUGGAAGAAAUGCAGAGACGUCUGCCCGCCGUCAACGUGGGCUACUAUGUCAGCCACCAGAGCCUGGAGGCCAUGCAGAGGGCUGUGGGCGUAUCAUUUGGGAGGGCGGGGGGCCGCAGUCGGAGGGACAGUGGCGGCGAGGACGACGAGGUUGAGGAGGAGAUGGUGGACCCCCACCAGGGCCACUAGCCGGAUGGCACAGGGCUGCCCCUCGCUCUGCUCCCACGAUGCUUUGCAGGACACUUUGUUUUUCCCUCUUCGCCAUGACAGCCAAGUAACUUUUGUAUUAAUAUUUAUUUAUUUUCGUGUUCCUUUUGAACUGAUCACAUUUUUCAGAAACCCAAAAAGGGUCACAUUUUGAUAUUAAAAACAAAUCAAAGCGCA